AUGCCACCACACCUCACGUUCACCCCACAGAGGAACUUGGGCAACGAACCAAACUGCGCAGCGCUUCUGGAUGCUUGCGGAACUAACAAUGCGGCUGUUGCGCUUCAGCUAGCACCUGACUGCGGAGCCGAGCUGUUAUCAUACGGACUCGAGAGAGCCAUUGACAACAACAAUUUUCAUCUAGCAAGCCAGUUACUGCAUAUGGGCGUCAAUUGGGGUGCAGAGACGAUACGUUCUGCGGCAAAAACCUACGAAGGUGUGAAGUGGCUAGUAGAAUCUGGUUACGACAUCAAUACUAGUCUGGCUUCUGGUACUGUGCUUCUAUUGCACGUCAUUUCGCGCGACAAUGAAGCCAGCAUCCGAUACCUUCUGGAGCGUGGAGCGAAUCCUAACCUUGGGCCUUCGAAACGUCCAUCAGCUCCUGCCAACGAGAUGCGCCCAAUAACUCACUGUGGUCAUACUUUGAAUGAAGCAGCCGCUUCAUGCACACCCGAAAUCUUUGCUCUCUUGCUUUCCUACGGUGCUGAACUGUCAAAUGCCACACCAGUUCACUACGCAGCGGCGUGUGGACAAGACGACCGAACACCAAUGCUUGAGUAUCUCGUCGAAGAGUUGAAACUCGAUAUUAACGGAUCAGACAAUGCGUUAACGAUCCCAGAGGAAUGCCGUGGACGUGAAGGAACCCCACUGCACUAUGCACUCCAUAAUCGGAAAUACGAGACAUCCAGAUGGCUACUGGAACAUGGUGCAGAUCCUAACAAGUCCAUUACACCUAGAUACCCUACUUCAACACCCAGAAUAUGGAUCCAGGACACACCACACGAUAAGAGGUUCUCCGAAUUGCUGUCCAAGUAUCCAGUGAGGAAAGAAACGAGGAGCUAG